CUGGCGGUACUGCCCGACGUGCCAGCGACGACGAAGGACGUGAAGAUUGAAGAUAUCCAGUUGUGUGGAUCCGACGAUCAGACGCCCGAAGAGAUCGACCGACUCCGCCAGCGGAUCUGGAAGUUUAGACAUCUCCUGAUCGGCAAAGGAAAUGCGCUCCCACCAGCGGCCCGAGGGGUUGUGUGUGAUAUUGAUGUGGGAGGAGCUCGGCCGAUCGCGCUCAAGUGCCGAAAGCUGCGGAUCCAGUUCCGAGAGAAAUUGGCAGAGUUGAUCAAGGGUCUCCUGUCGGCCAAGAUGAUCAACCACUCAAGAGCGUCGCCGAUCGUGGUGAUCAUCAAGAAGAAUAGCGUGGAUAUACGAUUGUGCAUUGAUUAUCGGUUGGUUAACAGUCUCACACAGCUGAUGGUUUAUCCGAUGCCGCUGAUCAACGAUCUACUGUGGGAUCUCGAGUCGACAUUAUGGUACUGCUCACUGGAUAUGGCGAGCGGAUUCUGGGUGGUGAAGAUGACGGAUCGGGCCCGCCUGAUCUCGGCCUUUAUCACCCCAUUUGGACUCUUCGAGUGGAACCGGAUGCCUUUUGGGCUGAAGAAUGCGCCGCAGAUCUACCAGCGGAUGAUCGACAAUGCCCUGUAUGGGUUCACUCGGAUCCCGAAAAUGGCAGGCGAUCUGGAGCAUUUGGAUGUAUUCGAGGCUGGAGAACCCGCGGAGAACCCGAGGAUCCGGGCAAGCCAUCGGUAG